GCACUCUUAUAAAGGAGGUUUGACAAGUCCCACUCACUUUCAACAAGUUUCAAACUUGGAUUUGAACUUUCUGUGGAAGACUCUCGGAAGUUUUUUCCCCGGAGCUGCUUCUCUCAGUCUCUGCGUCUCCAGGUAACCAGAGAUGGGUGACUGGAGUGCUCUGGGGCGUCUGCUCGACAAGGUCCAGGCCUACUCAACUGCAGGGGGCAAGGUUUGGCUCUCAGUCCUCUUCAUCUUCAGGAUCCUGGUCCUGGGCACGGCGGUGGAGUCGGCAUGGGGGGACGAGCAGUCGGCCUUCCACUGCAACACGCAACAGCCCGGUUGUGAGAACGUUUGCUAUGACAAAUCCUUCCCCAUCUCCCACGUCAGGUUCUGGGUGCUCCAGAUCAUCUUCGUGUCCACGCCCACGCUCCUCUACCUGGCGCAUGUUUUCUACUUGAACCGGAAGGAGCAGAAGCUCAACAGGAAGGAGGAGGUGCUGAAGGCCGUGCAGAACGACGGCGGCGACGUUGACAUUCCCCUGAAAAAGAUCGAAAUGAAGAAGCUUAAAUACGGCAUCGAGGAGCACGGCAAAGUGAAGAUGAAAGGGGCGCUGCUGAGAACCUACAUCUUCAGCAUUUUCUUCAAAUCCAUGUUCGAGGUGGGCUUCCUGGUGAUCCAGUGGUACAUCUACGGCUUCAGCCUGAACGCCGUCUACAUGUGCGAGCGCUCGCCGUGCCCGCACCGGGUGGACUGCUUCCUGUCGCGGCCCACCGAAAAGACCAUCUUCAUCAUCUUCAUGCUGGUGGUCUCGCUGGUGUCUCUGAUGCUCAACGUCAUUGAGCUCUUCUACGUCUUCUUUAAGCAAAUCAAAGACCGGGUGAAGGGGAGGCAGCCGCCGACACUCUACCCCGGGACUGGGACCUUAAACGGCACCGCGAAGGACCUCUCCGCCUCCAAGUACACCUAUUACAAUGGAUGCUCCUCCCCUACAGCGCCGCUCUCCCCCAUGUCCCCGCCAGGGUACAAGCUGGCCACAGGCGAGCGAGGAACAGGCUCCUGCCGUAACUACAACAAGCAAGCCCACGAGCAGAACUGGGCCAACUACUCCACGGAGCAGAACCGGCUGGGUCAGCACGGCGGCGGCAGCACCAUCUCCAACUCCCAUGCUCAAGCGUUUGACUUCCCAGACGACACGCAGGAGCAUAAAAAGCUGUCGUCCACCGCGGGACACGAGAUGCAGCCGCUGGCUCUGAUGGACGCCAGGCCCUGCAGCCGGGCCAGCAGCCGCAUGAGCAGCCGAGCCCGGCCGGACGACCUGGACGUCUAGCUGCGGGCUCCCGCCGCCGUGAAGGGAGAGUUGAAGGACACUUCCGCGUUUGUUUGCUAACACUGUCAAAGGUACAAUAUUGUUACUCGAUUACUGCAUUGGAGCUAGCGAGGCGGGAAGUGCUGCAGUUUAGAAUAAACCAUUGACUCGAAAAGAAAAUCCACCUUUUGCCACUUUAUUUGCUUGAAUGUAUUGUGGAAUCAUUUUAGGGAUCUGACACUGGACAUGGGCUGUCGCUGUUCUUGUUACCCAAACGCUUCAGUCACAGUUGUAAUGUCUGCUGAGCUCGCGACCCGACCACACAUAACGAGACAAAAGUCACCCCAAAAAACACUCACUAUAUUUUGUCAGGCUGCCUCCAUUACCUGGAAUUCAGUAUUGUACUGAGUCAAAAGAGUCUGACCGCAAAAGCCAUGUCAAUGGGAGAACGGAUGAGUGAAUGUGGAGCUGCAGAGCCCCACAGAUGCUUGAAGUUUGUGUUGGGGUCAGCCUCAGUCUUUAGGCCCCUAACCCACAGUUCCAACCAGGAGGGUGAAACUCCUCAGUCCAGGCCGAAACCCUGCUCCUCUCCAACCGUCAAACUCUACUUUUCUCUCAAACUUCAUAAACCCAGCAAGAAAAAGCCGGACUUGUCCAGUGGAAUAGAUCGGUACAACGAACUCUAAUACUUGCGAAUAAAGAUGGCGACUUUGUAACUAGUGUUUAGAAAUCCAAUCCAACCACGAUGGAGAAACUGCUUCAACACACACCAUUCAGUCGAGUAAUAACCUUCAGUAACCAGCACUAUCAUGAUAAGGGAUGCGCUGCAGCCAGACCAGCAGACACACAGGACACUGACCACUGAGGCAGGAAUUGACUACUAAUCAUUGUCCACCACUAACAAAGCACCAUCCCACGUACAAUAUAUUUAUUAACAGGAACCUUUUUCAGUUCUGGACUGUUUAUUCCUGAGAAACUUGGAAUUUAUUGUUGUGUUUUUGUCUGCUGUGGGCGAAUGAGUGUCAGGUGGAAACAAAGGCAACUCACUCACACUGAUGAUGUGUUGUGUUGCUGCGUGAGAAGUGUGUGUUUAGUAAUGUCAGUCAGUCUAACACUAGAAGUGUGACAUGUGUAGACUCCCUGUACAUCAGGACCAACAUUCAGCCGCUCUGUAAUAUGCCCUAACCAUAGUUCUGCCACCGCCAAAGUAAGUGGCUCUCGUUCCCAGCUGGUUGCUGCACUUCAGUUCAUUGGUACUUGCAGCGACGUGGGUGUUUGCACUGAGUUUGUGAAGAGAGAAAUGUAACUGUAACCAGUUAUGUACAUGUUACUAAUUUAUUUUAGGACUUUAAUCCACCCUGAUUUUGGCAACUCAGUGCUAGUGGAGCAGAACCAGACACAGCCUCUCUCCACAGGGAUCAACUGUUUGACAGUGUACAUGAUGAAGACCAGUCUUUGUACUUCUAAUGUUAUGAUAACCAAUAAAGAUCAUUUUUUCUUAA